GCCUCUUCCUGGCAACGUGUCCGCCACCCCAGGCCGCAUUCUAGCUGCACUUAGAGAGGAGGGAACCCCAUGGAGCCCCUCUCCUGACCCGAGAGAAGAAGCCCCUUGGCCAGACACGGCUGCUGCGGAGCUGCUUGAAGAGCAUCUGGUCCCACCCCCGCGUUUCACAGACGAGGAAGCUGAGCCCCAGAGGGAAGUGACUCUCGCCAGAGCAGGCUGGUGACCAAGCUGGGAGGAGAAAUGACAUCUCACAACUCCAUCGGCUGCACUGGACCCCCUACAGGAAGGAACAUGAGCCAGCGAAACCAGAGUGAGAACUGCUCCUUCCAUGACGUGGAGGUGCUGAUGAAAACCGUGCAGCUGGCUGUCCACACCCCUACCUUCCUCCUCGGUCUGCUCCUCAAUCUGCUCGCCAUCCGAGGCUUCAGCUCCUUCCUGAAGAAGAGGUGGCCCUGCUACGCUGCCACCUCCAUCUACAUGAUCAACCUGGCGGUCUUCGACCUGCUGCUGGUGUUCUCUCUCCCAUUCAAGAUGGCCCUGUCUCACGUGAAGGCUCCCCUUCUUCCCCUCUGUACCCUAGUGGAGUGCCUCUACUUCAUCAGCAUGUAUGGGAGCAUCUUCACUAUCUGCUACAUCAGCCUGGACAGAUUCUUGGCCAUCCGGUACCCGCUCCUGGUCAGCCACCUCCGGUCCCCCAGGAAGACCUUUGGGAUCUGCUUCACCAUCUGGGUCCUGGUGUGGGUGGGGAGCACCCCUAUCUAUAGCUUCCAUGGGAAAGUGGAAAACUACACGUGCUUCCACAACAUGUCUGACGGCACCUGGAGCGCCAAGGUCUUCUUCCCUCUUGAGGUCUUCGGCUUCCUUCUUCCCAUGAGCAUCAUGGGUUUCUGCUCCUCCAGGAGCAUUUGCAUUCUGGUCGCCCGUCGGGACCACACCCAGGACUGGGUCCAGCAGAAGGCCUGUAUCUGGACCAUCGCGGCCAGUCUGGCUGUCUUUGUGGUCUCCUUUCUCCCAGUCCACCUGAGUUUCCUCUUGCAGUUCCUGGUGAGGAAUGGCUUUAUCGUGGAGUGCAGAGCCAAGCAGAACAUCAUCUUGUUCCUGCAAUUGUCCAUGUGUUUCUCCAAUAUCAACUGCUGCCUGGAUGUUUUCUGCUACUACUUUGUCAUCAAAGAAUUCCGCAUGGACAUGAUGGCCCACCAGGCUUCCAGGGUCCAGCUGGUCCUCCAGAAUACCAUGACCACCAUGGCUAAGGGAAGAAAGCUGAGCUUGGAGGAAGGAAACCUCAGUCUGAAUUCCAUAGCAGAUACCUCUUCCUAGGGCUCUGAUAUGGGGGGCUGACACAUGGCACAUUUACUGGUGUGCCGUCCCUCUGAUGCUCACUUGAAUGACAUCUUUGCUCACUGUGACCCCAAACCCUUUCCCCAGCACCCAGACAACUUGAUAUAAACCACUCAGUGUCUGGGGAGCUCUGAAGAACUUAAGACCCAGGUGAACUCUUGAUUUCUAAGCCUAAAAAGCAUGAGGUUGGAAGAAUUGAGAAAGAGAAUGAGACCAUCUGAAUAAGGCUGUUUCCCAGCUCUCCUCUGUCCUUCUGUUAGGCUAGAAGAUUCUGGAAAGGAAGAGAGAGAGGAGUUAGGAGAGAGAAUCAAGAGGGUUGGCAUGGAGGAGAGAUGGAGUGGGAGGGAUGGACCAAGCUCCUUUUUGGUUUGGGGAUUCCGGCGUGGAGCAGUUGUACUUUCUGGUCUCUUCUGGAGAUCUGUUGGCCCAUGACCUCACAGAGAUGCCAGCGGAAUGUGUGACUGGGGAGAGCAAGUAUGUGCAGAGAGCCCCGAGUUUUCUAUGGGCCUUGGAAAGGCCUGGAAGGCCAGUCACACCUUCCUGUGCUCAGGACAAAGCUGCAGACGGACUGAGGCAGGCUGGUGUGGACCAGGCUUUGUGAUGCUGUGGACACUUUGUGAAAAUAGUGGGGAUGGAGUGGAAAGGCACUGGUGACACCUGAGAGCCACGAGGGGCCAGGAUAUACCUGGGAAAGGUAGGAGACAGGCCAAGGGCCGGAAUUGGGCAACCCCUCCCGCAUUGCCAUGGGGGCGUCCACUGCGUGGAGUUUGAGCUCUGGCCCAGGGGGAGGAGAGGCAGUAGAGACAAGCCUGGGAGUGGGAAAUUCCUGGACAUGACCAGCUUGCUCUCUUGAACAGGCUGCGAUGUUGUUGAUUAGGUUUAGUUUCCUUGAGAAUGAUGAGAAGGAAUCAGGCUUGAUUCGGUUCAGCCAGAGGAGAACAAGGUGUUUGUCUUGCCCACCUGAGUCCUGGCUGGGCAGCCAGCCACGGUGGCACCGUCCACAGAGAUGUCCCCAUCCGGUGGCUGGGAGGGAGAAGAUGAGGCAGCCAGGAAUAGAGGAACCAUCUUGACGACACAGGGCUCUUGGCAGUUCCUCGUUGGAAACUGUAAACGAUUGAAUCAUAGUUUGGACUGGGCUUCUCUCAUGCUCUAGAGAAGGUGCAGUGGUGACAGCUGAAAGCCUGCCACUGACUCAGCCUCCGGAGAGUGAAAUGGUGAUCAGGAUAAAUUGUGGGGUGGUUUGCAAGACGGAGUGAGUGGGAUGAGAAGUAACAAAUGAGACAAUGUGAACGGGGUGGGGGGGUACUUUAGGAAGAGAAGCAACCGCCUAUACCUGCAGGAGAAGAGGCGUCCACCGCUAGGCGGUGGACGGAAGGGAGGGGUGGCUGUGGGGGGGGGAAA